AAUGAAAACAGCGUUAUCACUGUGACACAAGGAGGAAUCUACAGGUGUGAAGGAGAGAGAGGAAAACCAGAAUCCUACAGUGAAUCAAGUGACGAGGUCACCGUCCAGAUAAGCUUUUCCAACAAGGUUGUUGUGACUCGACAACUAAACUGGCCUCAGAUGUUCAGUGGUGAGUCGAUCACUCUGACAUGUGAGGUCCAGGGAGGAGAAACCACUGAGUGGACAUGUGAAUGGAGGAGACCUGGGUUGGCCACUCACAGAGUAUAUGGUAAAGACUGGACUUUCAGACUCCCUGACUCCAGUAGUUUAGACUACAUGUGUCGUUGUAGGAGAAGAGAUGACUGGUAUUCGUCAACGAAGUGGAGUGAAACCAUCACACUGUUUGUAUCAGACAAACCCAGAGCCAAACUGACAGCAAGUUCAACAACCAUACCAGGAGGGGGCAGUGUGACACUGAGCUGCUCAGUGGAGCCCUCUGCUGGAUGGAAAUACAGAUGGUUCAGUCGGACCUCAGACGGACAUGAAGGUCAUGUCAGCACUAAUAAUGAAGAAAACAGAGAUCACUGUGACACAAGCAGGAAUCUACAGGUGUUAUGGAGUGAGAGGAAAUCCUGAAUUCUACACUGAACCAAGUGAUGACGUCACUAUCCGGAUAAGCUUUUCCAACAAGGUUGUUGUGACUCGACAACCAAACCGGCCUCAGAUCUUCAGUGGUGAGUCGAUCACUCUGACAUGUGAGGUCCAGGGAGGAGAAACUACUGGGUGGACGUGUGAAUGGAGGAGAUCUGGGUCAAUAAUACACAGGACAGACAGUAAAGACUGGACUUUCAAUGUCUCUGAGUCCAGCAGUGGAUACUACAUGUGUCAGUGUAGAAGCAGAGAUGACUGGUAUUCUACAACACAGUGGAGUGAAACCAUCAGACUGUCUGUAUCAGGUAAACCAAAGGCCCAGUUGAAUAGUAAUAGCAGAGAGAUACCAGCAGGAGGCAGAGUGACACUGACCUGUAUAGUGGACUCAUCGUCAUCUGGUUGGAAAUAUUUCUGGUACAAAGAGCGAGACUCCUCAGAGCCUCUGACCAGAGAAGAAGCUGUUUUCCCUUCAAAUGGACAAAUGAGUGUCUCAGAGGAGGGACUGUACUGGUGCAGAGGAGGACGAGGACGACCAGUUUACUACACAGACUACAGUGACAGAAUCAGCAUCACUAAGAAUGUAACUGUGUCCAGUCCCACCAGCUCUUCAUUUCCUAUUAUGUCUAUUAUUGGACCAUUUGUUGGAAUCAUUCUCAUCAUUCUCCUCCUCUUGUUGUGGCGUUACUGACUGUCAAAGGAUUUGUCCUGUCUCAGGUCAUUUCAGUCUGAAAGCAGCAGCCAGAGGCCGACCACUAAUCAUGGAGUGAACAAGACUGAAAAUGAUUACAGCUCUCUGCUGCAUGGCACCUCUUCUAUCUAUCACAUUAUCCGUCCGCGUGGAGCCGCUGGAAAUGAUGAAGCUGUGACAUACACAAAGAGAAGAGAGAGACCUCAUCAUCCAGAGGAAAGUUCUGCUUAUGUCAAUGUGAGACCAGGAAAUAACAGCUCAGCCUGAAGGUCAUAUGAGGAAAUGUUCCUUCUGCAUUUAAAAGUUCUACUUACAGUUCUGAUUUUUGUUAUGAAUUUACUACCGUAUCCCAGCUGUCUUCAUUCUCUAACAAAGUUUACUGACAAUAAUCACAUUGCUGCAUUUUUAAAAAAGUAUCCUGUUUUCUGCCUUGUAGGCUGCAUGCUGUGCUGGUUUAUUCUGCACUGUAAUCUAAUCUAGUAAUUCAAAUAUGAGUUGAUUUAAUCCAGGUGCAAUAGUCAUUUAUUACCAAGAUUCAUAAAAUGAAAUAAGAAAAUUGCUGUCAUCAUUCUUACUCAGCAUUUGUAGCUUUUCCGCUUUUCCUCUGCAAGCAGUAAAAAAACAAUAUUUGCACAGUUUGAAUAUUGUGGUGCUUUUAUUGUUCCUUUUGUGAAUGAUAUGAGAAUAAAGCCUCUGGAGCAUUGUGAAAUGUUAA